AUGGAUAAGGGCGGCCCCGAGGGCCCCCUGGGGGCCCCCCAGGGGCCCCCCAGGGGCCCCCUGGACUCAUUUGUGGCUCGGGCCAAGGCCGCCAGGGGCCCCCAGCUGCUGCAGGUCCUUCAGGAGGCCCUGCUGCACCCAGACCUCUUUCUUUUCGGGGAGUUGCUGGCCCUAGACAAUGUGCAGCAGCUAGGGGGGCCCCCCAGGGGCGCAGGGGGGCCCCCUGGGGAGGGGCCCCCGGGGGGCCCCCCCCCAGAAGGGGGCCCCCCGGAGGGGGGCCCCCGCAUGCUGUUUCUGCUGCGUCUGAUGGCCUCUGGGACAGUCAAAGACCUCGUGGAGAGCCUCGGGGGGCCCCUGGGGGCCCCCGUACCCCCCCAGCUUCUUUACAAGCUGCGGCUGCUAACUAUAGUCUCCUGGGCUUCUGUGUCUUGCUGCAUUUCUUUCAAAGACCUGCAGGGGGCCCUGGAGGCCCCUGGCUGCUGCAGCGCAGCAGCGGGGCUGCUGCAGCAGGGGGGGCCCCCCGGGGGGCCCCCCGGGGGGCCCCCCGGGGGGCCCCCCGGGGGCGCGCAGCCAGACGAGGCCGCCGCAGGGGCCCCCGACAGCAGCAGCAGCAGCCCCGCAGCAGCAGCAGCAGCAGCAGCAGCAGCAGCAGCAAAGGAGUCGCUCACGGAAUCGGAAGUGGAAGAAAUGGCAGUCACUUGUUUGCGUUUGGGUUUGCUGCGGGGGCGGGUGGACGGGGAGCUGGGGUGUAUAGACACCUGGGGGGCCCCCCUGGGGGCCCCCCUGGGGGCCCCCCUGGGGGCCCCCUUGGGGGCCCCCCUGGGGGCCCCCCUGGGGGCCCCCCUCCGAGACCCCACAGAAAAAGAUAUUGACCCAAUGUUAUCCGUUUUAACAAACUUUCAAAACAAAAUUUCCCACAUUUUGCUGCUGCUUAACACUGCCAAGCAAAAUAUGCUCCAAAUCAAAAACCCCUAA